UCUCUCCAAAAGCGGAGCACUACAAAAGCUGCCCUCUUCUUCCCCCUUCUCUACCAUCUAAAGUCCAAAUCAAUCCCACUGGGAGUAGCUCAUUCGGAUAAGCGAAACACAACCUAUAGUUCUCUUUUGAUCGGGCCUUUUUAGGUUCAGCUCCUUGAUUUCCAGAAUAAUGAACCAGUGCUGCUUAAGCAGUGUGGAAGUUGUGUCAUACUGCGAUGACCUUGUCACCGAGAUUUUGCUUCGAUUGCCUCUAGACUCCGUCUUCAAGUUCAAGUGUGUAUCGAAGACAUGGAACCGAUUGAUGUCUGAUCCUAUUUUUCGUGCCAAAUACAUAUCCCGAGCGAAGAAUUCCCUUCUCCCAUUGCUGGGAUUCUUUCGGGUUACUGUCGACCAACAAGAUCGGACAACACCAAAGCUCUCAUUUCUACCAAAUUGUAAAGAAAGGAAAUUUACAAACUUGGAUUGCAUUGAAAACUAUGGCCUUACCCAAGGUUCUCCUCAAGGCCUAAUGCUAUGCUGGUCGCAGCAAAAGAGGUCCCGAAUUUACAAUGACUACGUUUGGGAACCCGUCAGAAACCAAUGGUUCCCUAUUCCUGAAGAACCAAAGAAGGGAAAUGAUUUUGAGGAUUGGCAUUUCUCAGAUGGGUUGUAUUGUGAAGAAUGUAGCAAAGAUGGUGUGGUGCAUUUCAAAGUAAUUCGAGCUAUGCUACACAGAGCCUCACACCACAUAUUAACAAUAAAAAGUUUCUCUUCUCGUACAGGCAAUUGGACCCAAUCAUUUCUCACUUCUCCAUCUGAAUUUUCACUUGGGCAUCAGCGUUACAAGGGUCGAUCAGUAGGUGGGAUCUUCUACUGGAAAGUUUGUGGUCAUUUCGCUGCUUAUCAUCCCGAAAAUGAAAAUCGCAUGUGGCUGAUAAAAUUGCCUCAUCGUAGUGAAAGGGAGGGAUAUAUGGAUUUUAUCUUGGGACAGUCACCGGAUGGUUGUCUCCGGUUUGCCUUAAAUGAGAAGCAUCAAUUCAGAAUGUGGGAUCUGAAAAAGAGGCUUUCUAGUUAUAGUUUAUUUGAGAGUGUAGCAAGUAGUGAAUGGAAGUUGAAGGAGGUUGUGAGUUUCAAGAAGUUUCGCCUCAUUAACUAUAAGGCCACCGGUCAUGAUCCCUACACUGUACGUCUGAACAAAUAUCCUACUUUGAUGGCGUUUCAUCCUGCCAAUUCAAAACUUGUGUAUCUUCGUCUGGGAGGCAGAGUGUUUUGCUAUGAUUUUGACACUAGAAUAUUGGAACCAAUUCAGUAUCCUGGAAUUGUCUUGAUAUACGAUGGACUAAUUCCUUACUUCCAACCUCCUUGGCUCCCUUCUUUGCCUUCCCGUUCUGUUUCUAUUUAACCUCCCUCCCUCAAAUGCCAUACAAUUUGUAUUACUUUAAUUUUAUGAGCUUGUUCCCAGUUUGGGGCCUUUCUUUCAAUAAUAAUUAUUAUUUCAUGUCUUCA